CCCAGGGUGGCAGGCUCCUUUGUGAGGCUGGCCAAUCGGGGGGGGGGGGUUGAGGGCGGGCAAGGGUGGCUCUGGCCAUGCGACCCCAAGAGGGCAAGCAUGGCCUGGGGAGGAAGAGGCAGGGCCUCCCCCCACUUGCCCUUGGCGGCCCGGAGCCCAGCCACUGGGGAUGCCCAGGGGGCUGCCCCAGCCAGGCCCAGCCCCAGAGGUCGUAGGUGCCCACAGUGGGGGGCUCGCCCUGCCCUCCUCUCUGCUGCUCUCCUCCGCCAGCAGGCGGCCACUUGCUGCAUCCGCCCCCAGGGCGCCUCUCCUGGAGAUGGGGCCGUGCGGGGGUCAGUGGGGCCGCCCCCCCCCCGGGGCUGGCUGGCCCAGCGCUCCCUCCCUCUGUGGCCAGCAGAGGGCAAGGGGAGCCCGAGAGCGGCCGCCAGCCAGCGCUGCGGGCCUUGGGUGGCAGCAGCCCCGUGGCUGGCUGCCCUCUUUGUUCCAGCCCCACAAGGAAGGAGUCUCCUCCGGCCAGAAGAGGCUCUUCGCUGCCCUCCCGGCUUCUGGCCUCCUUACCGUGGGAAUGCUCCUCCUCGCUGCUGUCAUCCUCCGAGUUCGGGAGGACCCCCGGCCGCCCCGCUCGCUCGGAAGAGAGGAGGAGGAGGAGGAGAAGCAGCCUUCCCAGGUCCUGGGGAGAGAAGUCCUCCUGUGCUCCCCGAGGAAGAGGUCUGCCUUGGAUCCAGGAACAGGCUUCCCCGCGGGAAGAGAGCCCCCAGCCUCUUAGGCGGUCGGACGGACGAUUCCGGAGGGUCGAGGAAUCUGACGGAGGGCUCUGGAGCUGUCAGUGCCUCCGCUCUGGACACGUUGGUUGGGGCUGUCUUGGUGUCGGGCGGCUCUGCCGUGACGCACGAAGAACGAGGGUCCAGGAUGCAUUCAGCUCACAUCUGCAGAAAACUUUGCACGGCUGGAGGUCAAAAGGCGGCUCUCUCCUGGGAUGUGGCGGAGUUCAGCCUGCCUCCGGACAGCAUGCAGAGAGCAAAAGCCCUCACCCACUGCUGGCCUGACCUGCAGUCCAUGUGGGAACGGGGCUGGCUUGUGUCUUGGUCAAAUUAAUAUAUUUAAAUGAAUGCACAAGAGGGGAGGACUCCACAUCAAAAUGAAACUCCCAGCGAAGCAACUAAAACCAAGCGUAUGAAACAACAUCAACGCUUUAUUCUACAAAAAAGACGAAGUGUCCGUCUAAGAUACUGUUACACAUCUUGUCUAUUUCUUUGGUCACUGUCAUUAUACUUGAAGUAUUGGAUGAAUGCACUUUGUAGUUCUCUUUAGCCUUUUUGAAUAAUAAAGCAUUGUUCGUUUUGCA